AUGUCUCGUGCUUCCUCUGAUCUCCCUCAGAACCAGCCCAUGACGGGCGGUUCAUCGAAACACCCACCAAAAGACCCAACCUACCUAUCUCGUGUUUCCUCUGAUCUCUCUCAGAGCCAGCCCAUGACGGGCGGUUCAUCGAAACACCCACUAACAGACCCAACCUACGUGCCUCGGGUUUCCUCUGAUCUCCCUCAGAACCAGCCCAUGACGGGCGGUUCAUUGAAACACCCACCAACAGACCCGACAUCCACGCCCAGUAUGGAUCAGUCCACUGGUCGCAAGCGUCGUCCGUCGUCCCAUGCUCUGCGGCCGCCCAAGCCCAGGGAGGAUGAGAUGGAGUUGGGAGUACCUGCCAAACCCUAUGAAUGGGAGAGAGAAGCAACCAGGGGAGCAAUUACUAAGCCGAUCCCCAGCAAACCGCAUGGUCGUAGCCUGCCCCUUUGGGAGCAACCGCUGAAAGUUCCAUUACGAGAGCUGUCGGGCUGGAAUUCGGCUUCGAAAAUCGGGAGCCAGUACGGCCAUUUCCUCACCACCAGGAUCCUCUGGAAGCAUUCCCAGGUUGAAGACCUGGCAUACAUGAAUACUGCGGUCUGCGAGGCUCUGGACCUCCCUAAUUGGGCAAAAGCGACGGCUCAGGAGUCUCUCUCCGGUUAUGGAGAUUGGAGUCGGUAUAUCGAUCACAUCGCCAAAUACCCGAUCGCAAAGCCUGAAAACCCCAUUCUCAUUGGAGCAUUCUCGAGUAUUCGAGAUCAGCAGUCGCGAAUAGAAGGAGCUUGUGUUGAGUUGCUUGGAGACAGACCACCCUCCCCGAUUGCCAAAAAGUGCAGAAGACUCACCAACAUGUCUUCCCCCGGCCAGCUCAUGACGAGCGGCACUCCAAACGCCUCCCCCAGCCAGCGCAUUACGAGCGGCACUACAACCCCCUUUACCGCGGAAAACCUGGAGCGGAUCACAAGGAGGUUGCAAAACCUGACUCUAGAGAGUAGGGAAACGGACAACACUGGAGGUUUCACGGCGCUGGUGACUUCCAUUGGAGUAAAGCAGCCGUUUGGCAAUUCCGAAGCCAAGAGGCGAACGCAUGAAGCGAAAAUCAACAUGAGCUUCGUCAAUUUGCUUUACACAAUCUGCUUAUUACUGCCGACCGAGUUAAAGUGGGACAGUAUCCAGCAUCAUCUCAACUUACAUGUCGGCGAGGCUGCAUACACAGCAAUUGUCGACGGUGGUCUCGUAGAUCCCGAUGGGAAAAUGCAGGUCUUACUUGAAGUCAAGGCUAUGCAUCUGUCAGCGAGUUCGGUAAAGGAAGUCCUGAUGCAACAGGGACUUGAAAUGCUGGCGUGGAUCACUACCACGCUCGUUGUCUAUGGAUGGGUGAUGUUAGCGCAAUACGCGACGCAGAUAUACUUCGUUGUCGCUGAGCUGCAUGAAGAGUAUAUCGAGUACUUGCUUAAAGGCACGCGCUCCAGGAAUCCCUUCGAUAGUAACGCAUAUCUAACAAUGCGGCUACUGGGACCUUUCAGCAUUUAUCCCGCUGAAGAGAUGCGGGCCUUUGGUUUUCUUGUUGUCACGCUUACCAUUGUCCAGCACCGGGAUUGGAAGAAGAGUAAGGAGGAUUAG